AUGACUGAUGUUGAAAAUCAGCUUCCAUCUAAUAUUGAAGCACCGCAAAUGAUUGCCCCAUCAAACGAUAAUCCAUAUGCAGAAUAUGAUAAUAUCGCAGUUAGCGGAAAUCAACAACAAACUGAAAACAUGGGUUAUUAUCCACAGCAAUACGAUCCUAAUCAAGGAGUAGCCCAAAACCCUGCAGUUGCAUCAAAGUCAAUACACGAUCUUUAUGUUAAUACGAAUUUUAGCGAAGAUAUUUCUUCAUGGAGCAAUAUCAGGAAUGAACCAUCAGAACAUGUCGGAUUUUGGAACACAGCUGAAUCCCUCACUAAUUUUUCGCAAAAUGCCACGCAGUUACACAAAUUAAAUUCAAUUUUCUGGUCCAGUCCGUUCUUUUUGAAUUUGCUUGUCCUAUUUGUUCUUAACUGCUGCAACUGGCAGCGCCAACUCUACCCAGAUCUGAGAGGAUAUACUCUUAGUUUACCAAUUCUUUAUACUUUCCUUUGGGCAUUCCUUAUCAUUGUACUUUUGGUAGGAGAACAAUUUGUACCAUUUAUCUCUGUUAAAUUCGGCAUUUUCAUUAACUUAAUUUUGCAUUUAACAUUUUAUUUGAUCAGAUGCAAGGUUUUCUGGGAAUACAUCUUCGUAUGGCUUACAUUCGUAGUACUUGGACUCUUCUUUUACGUCAUUACUCUUGGUAGAUCGAAAUACGACGCAUAUUUGACUCUUGUCGUCAACAGGGAAGUUCUGUUGAAGCUUACCUUCAUUAUACUUAUGAUAUCAGUCAUUACAAUCAUUUCUGUCGUUUAUGUUUUAACUUUAUACACAUCUUGGGCAUAUUGGAAAAAUGCCAUGUGGCUUUUACAAUUAUACUUAGUCGUUUCAUUCUACAACAUUGUCUGUGUGUUAGGCAACUGCACUUACAUGACAACUUCUUAUUUAACCGCAAAAUUAUAUUUAACUGGCGAAAGACCAACUCUACAGGACUUGUUAGCAGCCUUACGACGUGGAUUUGUUGAUAACAUAGGUGUUGCUUGCAAGAUGUCAUAUUUACUCCCGAUUUCGGAAUUUAUUCACUCCACAGCCAGAUAUUCACCACAAUUAACAGUUUCCGAACUGAAAGCAAGUUAUCCAAAUGUUGCAGAACUUAUUUUAGCUAUUGCCAAGCCAAUUGUCCAUAUUUUUGAGGUUUUAGCCAAAAUUGAGAUGAAAAUUUUGAAAUAUCCACAAAGAAGAGCCAUGGCGUACUGCGGAAUAUACGGAAUCAGUUACGAAGAAGCUGUUCAUCGUUAUUGCGAAGUUUCUUACACAAAAGGUUCAUCAUUAGUUGAUGAUGCAUAUAUGUACGACACACAACUUAUUUUCAAACAGUUUUCAUCUGCUUUGGCUUGUUUCUUCAUCGAUUCAACAAUUAGAAUUCAGAAUUACUACUGGUUCCGAGGAUUUUGCCUUGGAAGCGCUUUCUUCCUUUUGUUCGGGCUGUACUACACAAUUAGAACAGUCAUGAGAGGUUUCUUGGAAACUGUUUUUGUUUUGUUCGGAGAGUUGCCGGAAAACGCAAAUAAAAUACAUCCGGGGUUGUACGAAACACUCAAGCAGAUGUAUGCAACAUCAGUAAGAGCAAGGAAUGAGAACCUUGACAGGAAUUCCGCUCUUUUAACUCAAAUUACAACUGAUUACCAGAAUUUGUAA